UAGCGUGUUGUCGCCGCGUAGUGACGUCAUCCGACUGAGUGACCGAGAGCUGUCUGACAUGUUGAAAGAAGAAACGUGCUGGCAGAUUUAAAGAUGAAUUUAGCGGCUUUAGUGAACAGCCUCAGAUGCUCUUUGCUGCGCAUCGAGUGCAGACUCCUGCAGGCGGCGGGAUUAGACCCUCAUCUGGCUCCGGCUCUGGCAGUCAGUGGUCCCAGCUUCCUGCCUCAGCUCCAGCCUCAGGAGGAGCAGGAGCAGCCCUCUGCUCUGCAGGACAGCAUCAUGUGGAUGGCAGUGCCCAAGAAGAGACGAACCAUAGAGGUCAACCGCACCAGGAGGAGAGCUGACAGCAAACUCCUGAAAGUUAAGACCAACAUCGAGCCGUGCUCAGAGUGUGGCCACUUGAAGCAGAAACACAUCCUGUGCGGCGUCUGUUACGCCAAGGUGUGCAAGGAGACCGGUCGGAUUCGUCAACAGAUCCAAGCAAUGGAAGGAGGCCCGCUGAGGGCGCCGACAAUGGAGUCGGUGGUGCUGUAUGAGGGCGAGACACCAAGCCAGCAGGACAAAGACAAGAGGAUAGUGGAGAGGGCCAGGAAGAGGCCGGCCUGGUUCAGCUAAUGUCUUUUUUGAUACAGUGAAUGGCACAUUUUGUCCUGGCUGUUAUUCAGUAAAUGAAUAACUAAUAUAAUUCAUUAGAGGAGAUACAGUUUUACUUCAAUCUGUGACAAUGCUUCAUCAUUAAUGUGUUGGUGGAAAAAAAAUCUAAGAUUUGAGGUUCAUACGACUACAGUUUUGGAGAUUGUGCUGCAGGACAUCAUUGUUCCUUUUGUGUUAUUGUUUGAAUUGUUUGUCAGACUUGACGCCAGUCUGAGAGAAAUUUACUGUAUAUUUGAAUGUGUGAUAAUAAAGCCAUUGUUUGACUAAA